GGGGAUGUGACCAGCUCUUGUCUCUCUUUGUAGCCUGGAGAAAGUUUCUGCUUCCCCAUCAUCCAGACGUGGUGACCCUGGAUCCAAACUCGGCUCAUCCUGAACUUGUCCUGUCAGCGGAUGGGAGAAGUGUGAGAAGGGGAAGAGCACGGCAGGACCUGCCCGACACCCCUGAGAGAUUUGACACUCGAAGGUUUUCGAACAUCAGUGUUGAAAAUACGGAACCUCAGCUCAUUGCAUGGGGGAAGGAGACUGAAGUCACUCGCACAGGCAGGAAUUCUGCACCUGAAACUACACAAAGGUUGGAUUUACUGGGCAGCCUGGUGCCUCCCGCAGCUCGUGCCCGUCCGCUCCGCAUGCAGAUGUGGCUCCCCGCGAGCCCCGGGGGCCUUCUGAGUUAUUUGGUGACUCUCCACGUCCUGCGGCUGGGAUCAGCUGACUUCAGCGUGGUGGGACCAGGCCACUCUCUCCAAGUCACUGUGGGGCAGGACGUCGUGCUGCCAUGUCACUUGUCCCCCAGCAUGGACACUCGGAGCUUGGACAUCAGGUGGAUCCGGCCCCGGUUCUCCAAAACGGUGCACCACUACCGAAAUGGAGAGGACCUGUACAGUGAACAGCUGAGGGAAUAUGUUGGGAGGACAGAGUUGGUCAGGGAUGGUCUCUCCCGUGGACGCCUGGACUUGCGAAUCUCUGGGUUGAGACCCUCUGAUGAUGGUCAGUACGUCUGCACUGUGACAGAUGGUGCCUCUUAUGGAGAAGCUACGGUGAAGCUGGAGGUGGCAGCCACUGGCUCUUGCCCUCAGCUCUCCCUGGAGGCUUACAAGGAUGGAGGCAUGCGGAUGGUGUGUCGAUCGGCCGGCUGGUACCCACAGCCGGAGGUGCUGUGGAAAGAUCCUGAUGGGCAGCAUCUCCCCUCAGUCUCCCAGAGUCAUUCCUCAGAUGCGAGGGGCCUAUUUGGCAUCGAAGGCGUCAUCGUUGUGUCCAAUGGGAACAGACUUGGGAAGUGGUCCUGCGUGGUCAGGAACAGCCGCCUCAACCAGGAGCAGGAGACGUCCCUGCACAUCUCAGCUCCCUUUUUCCACAAUGCCCGUCCCUGGAUGGUUGGUGUGGGUGUGGUCCUCCUGCUUUUAGUGGUGUUCCUUGGCCUCGCUGCUUAUCUGUGGAGAAGGAAAGUGCUGCAGUCCAGAGAGCUGGAGACAACAGUUGCAGGACUGAAGGGUGAGUGUCUGUGAGCUCUGUCAUGGCAUGGAGUCCUGUCCCGGGUGCUGUGUGCUCGGCCCUGUGAGAGACCGGACUGUAAGAACAUUUGUCUCAAAGAUUGCUUGCUCAAGCAGAAAUCCCCUCCAGCUACUGAGUGGGAUAAGGACGAUAGCCGGGGCAUAGAGACUUUCAACCUGUGAAAAACGCCCUUCGGGGUCAUGGGCAGCUCAGUCAGAUGACAGCUGUGUGAAGAACAGGGCUGGAACUGCAAGAAGUGUGUGCACGUGUGCAGGAACACUGAGCCGUGUCGCAUGUGCUGUGGUGAAAACCACCACUGGUAUAAAAGGGAACUGCCAAGAUGAGGGGGUCCGCACCUUCGCCCACCAUCACAGAAUGAGAGAUUUGGGCCCCCGAAAUGCUGUGGAUUCCUGCCUUCACCCACAAGACGCUGUGGUUUUGCACCUCCACCCACCACCACAGAAUGAGAAAUUUGGACCCCCGAGACGCUGUGGAUCCAUGGCAGUGACUAUUCUUAUUUUUCUAUCCCAGAGUCUUGCUUGGUUUUCUGCCUUUCUUUUCUGCUCUGUCCUGUCGCUCUUAUUG